AUGAAGAGAAAUAGCCUGUCCUCCCUUUCCAUCUCCCUCUGGUUGAUGUUUACAGCAGUGAUGCUUCAAGCUGUAGAAUCAGCCAAAGGAAAAUAUGCUCACAUGCUGUUUAAUGAACUGUUUGAAGACUACUCAAAUGCUCUAAGACCAGUGGAAGACACAGAUAAUGUGCUGAAUGUCACCCUUCAGAUCACGUUGUCCCAAAUUAAAGACAUGGAUGAAAGGAACCAAAUUUUGUCAGCUUACUUAUGGAUUCGACAAAGCUGGUAUGAUGCAUACCUCAAAUGGGACAAAGAUAAAUAUGAUGGGUUGGAUUCUAUCAGGAUUCCAAGUAAUUUGGUUUGGAGACCAGAUAUUGUCCUAUAUAACAAGGCUGAUGAUGACUUUUCAGAACCAGUGAAUACUAAUGUUGUGUUGAGAUAUGAUGGAAAAAUCACUUGGGAUGCACCCGCUAUCACAAAGAGCUCGUGUGUAGUGGAUGUAUCUUACUUUCCUUUUGACAGCCAGCAGUGCAACCUUACAUUUGGUUCCUGGACCUACAAUGGUAAUCAGGUAGACAUCAACUCUCUUGAUAGUGGUGACCUCUCUGAUUUCGUAGAAGAUGUAGAAUGGGAGAUUCAUGGUAUGCCAGCAGUUAAGAAUGUCAUCACUUAUGGCUGCUGCUCUGAGCCUUACCCAGAUGUGACCUUCACACUGAUUUUGAAAAGGAAGUCUUCAUUCUACAUAUUUAAUCUGUUACUGCCUUGCAUUUUGAUUUCUUUCCUGGCCCCACUGGGAUUCUAUCUCCCUGCAGACUCGGGGGAAAAAGUGUCUCUGGGUGUUACGGUUCUUCUUGCUCUGACUGUGUUCCAGCUGAUGGUUGCAGAGAUCAUGCCUCCUUCUGAAAAUGUACCUUUGAUAGGAAAGUAUUACAUAGCAACUAUGACCAUGAUCACAGCUUCCACUGCAUUGACGAUCAUUAUAAUGAAUCUCCAUCACUGUGGCUCAGAAGCAAAGCCUGUUCCACAAUGGGCCAGGGUGGUUAUUUUGGACUACAUGUCAAAAAUAUUUUUUGUUUAUGACGUGGGUGAAAAUUGCACAAGUCCAAAAAGAGAGAAGGAAGAACAACGUAAGUUGGAGGGGUAUGAUGAGUGUCAGAGAAGGCACAAAGAGGUAAGGGGUCACCUUUCCAAUAGGAAUGAUGACUGUGAUCUCGACAAGAAGCUCAAUGGAAACUUGAAUAAAAGCUAUGGAGUUCAUGGUGAAAAUGUUAGGGAGACUGUUAAUUGCUGUUCCUGUUAUAAAAUGCUGAUUAAAAAUAUUGAGUAUAUUGCUAAUUGUGUUCGAGACCAUAAAGCAAACCGGGCCAAAGGAAUUGAGUGGAAAAAAGUCGCAAAAGUGAUGGACAGGUUUUUCAUGUGGAUUUUCUUUAUCAUGGUGUUUUUUAUGAGUGUGCUGAUCAUUGGGAAAGCAGCUUAA